AUGGUCACAUCGCCAGCUGUCCCCGAAAUCUACGAGGAUGAGCUUCACUCUGCCAUCGAAGCGCGCUCGGAAUCACUGCAAACACUACGAGAAUUAGGCCCGCCAGAUCUCGUCCACCUCAUAAAACAGCCCAUCAAGAAUGCGACCAAACAGAUUGGCGUGUACCACCAUGUCUGCGGCAUAGACGCAUCCUCCUCUGCCAGCUUGGCUGCAUAUAUCAACACACUCACAUACUCUGCGCAUGACAAACAGAACAAGGUCGUGUCUGGUCUAUACUGCGUGUUGCGGGCAUAUUCCUACGCCGACGAUGGCUCGGGCGACACAAUCAAGAAGAUUGUGGGUGUGCGGCGGUUCAACCCUAUUACGAGCACAGAGAGCGAGCACAGGUUCUUGGAUGCGGCAGAGCGGCUGUUCUUCAACGGCUGGCAGUUAGGAUCCGAUCCUGAGAUUCAAGUCCCCAAUCUCGUCUCAAAUCACCUAACUACAGGCCUACUCAACUACAUUCAUACCACCGGAAGAUAUACUUCUGGUAUCAAUCUGUUUGAGAAACUGCGGACACGCGAUCCCGAGAUCUCAUCGCUCCUGGCCCGCGUCUACAUCGAAGCAGAUGAGGAGGUUCAAGCUGUACAACUACUACACGAAGCGAUACAUGACCUGCCUAUGGACUACUCGCUCCUCGACUGUCAAGCAGAAUUUUGCAACAAAAAGGGGCGUGGUGAUCUUGCUCUGGAGAUUGCCAAGCGGAGUGUAGUUUCUGCACCCAGUGAGUUUGGCACUUGGGCACGUUUGGCUGAGAUAUACGUAAGCCUCGAGCAAUGGGAUCUUGCUCUAUUGACACUAAACUCAUGUCCCAUGUUCACAUAUCAAGACAAGGACGCACCCAGGAUGCCAGAGCCCCAGCGAGUCUUCUUACCGGUCAUGCCCGAAGCCAUGUGCGACGAGAUAGAAGACUCCAAUAUGGACGACAUGGAGCUCGUACAUCCAACUCUGCGGAAAUUACAUGCUGCGGGUUUCAAAGGUACCUUCCUGAAGGCCUACAUCUUGCUCACUGAAAUCACAAAGAAAAUUGGAUGGGAUCAGCUGCUCAAGAUAAGGAGUCAAGUUUUCGUCAUGGAGGAAGAAUACCGCCACGAAAAGACGACGCAGCAACCGCAUUCUCGCAGCGCCAGCACUACAGCCCUUCGCUCUCCAUCUCCCAACACGAUCGCUCAACAGACAAACGGCAACGAACACGGCGAAGUGGAAGAGCGCCUCUCCACUGAAGAAUCCGACGCGCAGAAUGGAGAGUCCUCUAAUGCCGCCGAAGCAGCAGCUGAUCUCGAAAAGCCUGGUCAUACGGUAGCCUCUGAAGUCGUAAAAGCUGGCAGUGAAGAUCCCCACGCCCACGACGCUGCAAACCAUUCCAACCCAUCUCAGCCGAACUAUACACAUUUCCAGAAUAAGCGCCUCUGCGAACGCUGGCUCGAUAAUCUCUUCAUGGUCCUGUACGAGGAUCUGCGCGUGUACACGAUAUGGCGUACCGAAAUGGCGCAAUACCGUCAGCAGCAGUUGCUGUAUAAAAAGAGCAGCGAGGAGUGGGAGAUUCUGGGCGAACUUGCUGAGAGGCUACAUCAUACUGAGGAAGCCGUGGAGGCGUAUGAGAACUGUCUGCAAAUCAAGUUCUCUCCGAAGGCGAUGAGGGGUGUUCUCAAAUUGGGCGAGCAGAGGAAACAGGUCCGAGAUGUAACGGCAGCCUUGAUUCGUCUGGUCACCUGGCAGUAUCGGUGGUACUCCGAGUUCUCACCGAACCUCCUUUAUACGAUUCGCAAACUCAUCGAAGAGGAGGGCGCCGUCAAGAUCCGCAGCAUCAUCCAGGGUACCUCGCUGCCCCAACAUGUCCUUGAUCUUACACAUCAGUAUGCAGCACUAUGUGCUGCGUUCAGGAGCAGCGGAAGUGAUGGUUAG